AUGCUACAGCUCUCAUUGGAGAAGUACAGAUCUCCCGCUGGUGGAAAUCAUGAAGGAGCAUACAUGAAGCAGGCACUGUUUUUAAAUUUGGUUUUGGAUUUUGCUUCUUUACAUAAUAUCACACCAGGAAGGAUGAGCAAUCCCGAGCCUCAGAAGAACCCCGCUCCCAGUGUGGUUGUUGCAAAAAUGAUGCCCCCACCUCCUGGCCCCAAAAACAUCGUCUUCAAGAAGACUACCCGUGAUAACGCGAUUGCAGUCUACUUCGGCAAGAGAGACUUUGUGGAUCACGUCAGCCAUACAGACCCAGUAGACGGUGUGCUUGUAUUGGACACAGGCUACAUAAAGGAUAGAAAAGUUUUUUGCAGACUGCUCUCAUCAUUCCGUUACGGACGGGAGGACAUUGAUGUUUGUGGGUUGACGUUCAGAAGGGAUCUGUAUAUGGCCACAAUCCAAGUAUAUCCACCCCCUUCAGGCCAAAAGCCUAAACCACUGACCAAGUUGCAAGAACGUUUAGCAAUAAAAUUUGGAGACAGUGCUUAUCCUUUCUGCUUUCAGUUCCCAGACUAUCUACCCUGCUCUAUAACCUUGCAACUGGGUCCCAAGGAAGUCGACAAGUGUUGCGGCGUGGACUUCCAGAUCAGUGCGUUCUGUGCAAAAUCUUCCCGCUUUGACGCAAAAAUCCCCAAAAGGAGUUCCGUGUCUAUGGUUAUCCGUAAGGUGCAGUAUGCUCCUGAUAAACCGAUUUUCCAGCCAGUGGCGAAAACAUGCAGACUGUUCCUCAUGUCAGACAAAUCUCUUCACCUGGAAGCAUCACUCAACAAAGAGAUUUAUUAUCAUGGUGAACCAAUUGAAGUGAGUGUUGAGGUGAUCAACCAUUCCAACAAGACAGUGAAGAAGGUCAAAGUAACAGCUGAUCAGAUUUUGACCGUGUUCCUGUAUUCACAUGACACAUACCGCUACAGAGUGGCCGAGCAGGAGGUGAUUGAACAAGUCAAUCCAGGUUCUACUCUGAAGAAGGUCUACUCACUCUAUCCCAUAGUUGCCAACAACCGUGGGAAGCAUGGCUUGGCGUUGGAUGGAAAAAUGAGAGAUAAGGACACAAACUUAGCUUCUACUACCAUCAUAAAGGAAGGAAUAAAUCGGGUUUGGGGAAUUCUUGUCUCCUAUAAAGUUCAAGUGCAGUUGCUUGUUUCUGGAUUGCUGGGGGUUGUUUUGUUCAGUGAUGCCGCUGUGGAGUUACCUUUCUUGCUCAUGAAUCCCCCAAUAGAGGUCGCAGCUGAAAACAUUGCUAAUGAUGAUGACAUUGACUUUGAAGACUUUGAUCAUGGUGGCCCAAUGGCAGUAACUGAAGAUCUCAAGGAUGGGAAGGAAUUAAACUCUUGAUGUGAUUUUCAACCCCCACUAGAAUCCAGCUAUUUGUGUGUCAAUGUAAAAAAU